AUGAAAGCCCUUAUUCUCGUUGGAGGCUUCGGCACCCGCCUCCGCCCAUUGACUCUCACUCUCCCAAAACCGCUGGUCGAGUUUGCCAAUCGCCCUAUGAUCCUGCACCAGGUCGAGAGCCUGGCUGCUGCAGGUGUCACAGAUAUCGUCCUUGCUGUCAACUAUCGCCCAGAUAUUAUGGUCUCGGCCCUCAAGAAGUAUGAAGAAGAAUAUAACGUCAAGAUCGAAUUCUCAGUCGAAUCCGAGCCUUUGGGCACUGCUGGCCCUUUGAAACUCGCAGAGAAGAUUCUUGGGAAAGACGACAGCCCCUUUUUUGUCCUUAACUCUGAUGUCAUUUGUGAAUACCCUUUCCAGCAGCUGGCAGACUUCCAUAAGAAACAUGGCGACGAAGGUACCAUUGUUGUCACAAAAGUCGAGGAGCCUUCCAAAUAUGGUGUCGUUGUUCACAAGCCAAGUCACCCUACGCGAAUCGACCGCUUCGUUGAGAAGCCUGUUGAGUUUGUGGGGAACCGCAUCAACGCCGGUAUCUACAUCCUCAACCCAAGCGUCUUGAAGCGCAUUGAGCUUCGCCCAACCUCUAUUGAGCAGGAGACUUUCCCUGCUAUCUGCAAGGAUGGCCAGCUUCACUCGUUCGACCUUGAGGGUUUCUGGAUGGACGUUGGACAGCCAAAAGACUUCUUGACUGGUACCUGCCUCUACCUCGACUCCCUCUCCAAGCGCAACUCCAAGCUCCUGACACCAUCCACCGAGCCAUAUGUCUUUGGCGGAAACGUCUUGAUCGACCCAACUGCAAAGAUUGGCAAAAAUUGCCGCAUCGGCCCCAAUGUGACAAUUGGACCAAACGCUGUCGUUGGCGACGGUGUGCGGCUUCAGCGCUGUGUCUUGCUUGAGAAUAGCAAGGUAAAGGACCACGCUUGGGUCAAGUCCAGCAUCAUCGGCUGGAACAGCUCUGUCGGCAAAUGGGCCCGAUUGGAGAAUGUGUCUGUUCUCGGUGAUGAUGUGAGCAUCGGAGACGAGGUCUACGUCAAUGGUGGUUCCAUUCUUCCCCACAAGAGCAUUAAGCAGAACAUUGAUUCACCUGCGAUCAUUAUGUAA